CUGGGGGUGACGUCUCAGCCCAUAAAUGGGAGAUGGGCUUGAAGCGAACACACACCCUGAGACCGUUCCAUGGCGGCGGUGACCCGACGCGGCCGCUCCUCUCUCCUCUCCCGAGUUCUCUCCUCCAAUCACUCUCCCCUGCGAUCCCCGCUCUCCCAUCCUCCUCCGCCCCCUCUUCCCUCACGCCUCUCCGCAUCCGUCGCCACCCUUGAGGUUCCCUGGCUCGCUGGCGCGGUGCCAAGGCUCGUUUCGGCCCGGUGGAAGACGACAUCCGGCUCGGGAUACUCUCCUCUCAAUGACCCCUCCCCUAACUGGAGUAAUCGCCCUCCCAAGGAGACCAUCCUCCUCGACGGCUGUGACUACGAGCACUGGCUCAUCGUCAUGGAGUUUCCCCAGGACCCCAAACCCUCGGAGGAGGAGAUGAUCGCCGCCUACGUUAAGACCCUCGCCGCUGUCGUCAGCAGUGAGGAGGAGGCAAAGAAGAAGAUAUACUCGGUUUGCACCACGACCUAUACGGGUUUCGGGGCUUUGAUCUCCGAAGAACUUUCUUACAAAGUUAAAGGAUUGCCUGGAGUUCUUUGGGUAUUGCCUGAUUCUUAUUUGGACGUGCCCAACAAGGACUACGGAGGUGAUCUAUUUGUUGAUGGUAAGGUCAUCCAUCGGCCACAGUUUUGGUUCAACGAAAGGCAGCAAACUAGAAGCAGGCCCCGACCCCGGUAUGAUAGGCGACGAGAGACAAUGCGAGUUGAAAGAAGAGAACCAAUGCAGAGGGGGAACUGGGGGCAAGAUCAGAGUCAACCUGGCUCGCAGCAAAUGCCUGAGAAUGGGCCACCAAGAGGAGGAUAUUAAGGCUAGGUGAAGCUAUUAUGCAUAGUGUUCUAUUUGCAAAGUGGCUUCUUAUUCUGACAUUGUGGUGCUUUUUAUAUCAUGUGAGACAGCCAUCAAAGUACAUGCUCUGAUUUAUAGUAUGAUGUAAGAUAUGCUGCUGGAAGCUUUAAUAACUUUGAAUUGGCAGAGGGAAAAGUUAUUAAUCCAUAACUCGAACAUAUUCUAUGCGGUAAAAUUUAGUAUUGCACUUGCUGUAAUUUGCUUUUGGAGUUUAUGUAGAUUUGUUGUUUUUUCUUUUCUUCA